GGGACAGACUGGUGAAAGUGAAUGGGGAAAGCAUUCUGGGGAAAACCUACUCUCAAGUGAUCGCACUUAUUCAAAACAGUGAAAAUAUUCUGGAGCUCUCUAUUAUGCCAAAAGAUGAGGAUGUGUUGCAGUUGGUAAGUGCGUACUCCCAGGAUGCCUACCUGAAAGGCAAUGAGCCAUAUUCAGGCGAGGCCCAGAACCUACCUGAGCCACCGCCUCUCUGUUACCCUUCCACCAAGCCCAUCUCUGCUGCCCCGCAGCCCAGCCACAACCUUCACAGUCCGCUGGACAACUGGCAGUGCCGACCCAGUCCCACUGCCUCUCCACUGGACAACCGCCCCCCUGCUACUUCUACCCCCACCUCAGGCUGGCCUGGGGGUCCUGAGGAUUCUAGUGGCCACCUUCCUCCGUUGGGGCGACACCGUGGCCGCUCAUCUUCGGCCGUCAAUGCGCUGGACUUUCACUUCGCUAACCACAAUGCUGCCAUCGCCUCUGCAACUCUGCCUCCGCCACGGAAGAGCAGCCUGCCAGCCUCUGCCCGCUCUCAUGCCGAUGCUCUCUGCCACCAGGCUCUGUCGGACUGGUACUACAGCCAGGCUGAGGCCGCCGAGCGCAUGUCCCCUCGCCACCGUAGUAUAUCUCAGGAUCGUUUAGCAGAGCUGGGGUUAGGGUUGGCACUCGGCCCCGGACCUACAUCUGCUUCCACAAACUCUGCGGAGCAUCGCAGAAGAGAAACACUCCUGUACCACCACCAGGCAGCUGCUGCCUCCCAUGAUUCCUAUUGGCUAGGGAGCUGGGGUGGUGUAUCGGGACCAGGAAGCAGGUCGUGCUCAGAAAGCCUGCUAGCAGCCUACGCCGAGUACGAGCACAACUACGGGCGUUCUGUGGAAACACUGGCACAAGCUUCUGCACUGGUCUCACCACGCUCCUCACAAGGCUCCCAAACCACAAAGUUCAGUGAGCAGAAAGUCUCAGCAGGACAUCAGCACCAAACCACAGUGACAUCCCCCAUCACAGCCUCCGCCACAGUGCCUCCUAGUGGCAGGCAGUCAGGUCAGCAGGUAGCUGAACCCCAAACGAGGCGAGUGAAAGAAGAAGAGCUGGUGGGCUACAAAAGCUACAGCCCCUCUUUCUGCCGCAAAGCAGGCCACCUCCUCCAGCAGGCCCACUCCUUCAGAGAGCCCAGCUACAGCGGCCCUCACCUCAUCUGGAGCCCCAGCAACAGAAGCAGCCCUGCUGACAGUGAGGGGGGGAUGGUACCCAGGCCCCAGUCUACCCCCGCCCUGUCUGCAUCAGAGGAGGAGAGAGUCCUCCUGGGUGAGGACAGGGAGGUCAUCUCCCCCAUUUCCCUCAAUCAAGAGGUGGUCCUGAGGCAGAAGCCGCCCUCUGGCCGCCGAACCCCUGUUCAGGUCCUUCGACAUCCCCACUACGCCACACCUGUGGACUCACCCGAGCCCCCUGGUUUGACACCUACACCUGGAACCCCAUCUCCUGUCUCUGGGGGACCUGGCCCAAACCGCAGGGCUAAUGGUAGCCUGGCCCAGCAUGCAUUCAACUCCCUGUCCUCUAUUCCCUUCAUAGGUUAGUGACCUUUUCUCUGUAGCAACUGACUUAAUACACUAUAACAAAACUUACCUCAAAAACUUACCUAAAAAAUGUAACAUCAUUUUACAUGAAUUAGUGUUGUAAAAUUCGAAACAUCUCUCUGAAGAUGAGAUUACACUACUCGGUUUAAUAAUAGACCACUUUUCUGACAUUUUCAGUCAUUAACAGGCACAUUUUUGUAUAUUUAGAACAAUUAUGUUGUCUGUUGCUACAGAGCUCUUCAAUAUCUCACUUAUGUGAGGCCUUGGUAGUGCACCUUCUCUUUCUGUGUGUUUCUAUCCUUUUCAAAAAUUUGUGUGUGUUUAUACCUGUCUGCGUGUGUCAUAUACAUGCCAACAUAAUGCUUGUACCCUCACUAAACUUAGUUUUCUGUACGUGUUUGUUUGUUUGUUUGUUUGAUGGUUACUGAAUGUUUAAUGUUCUAGUAUGCAUUUGAAGCUUUGCCUGUCCAGUGUUUGUAUUUUAAAUAAGCAAAAUUAGAUGGAGUUUUAGUUCUGGAGACAUUUCUACACAAAUAGAUGCUUUGGGGUCAGAAAUAAUCUUACAGGUUCAGUUAAAACUGUAGUAAAAAAUAACUAAUAUUUGCUGACAUUUUCACUAUA